GCGCAGUGCCCGCUCUCUCCCCGGAAGAUGGCGGCUGUCAGGAUGCGGUCGUGUGCGCCGUCGGUGCUGCUGCUCAGCGUCCUCUGCGGCGCCGCGUCCUCGCUCUACUUCCACAUCGGAGAGACGGAGAAGAAGUGCUUCAUAGAGGAGAUCCCGGACGAGACCAUGAUCAUCGGAAACUAUCGCACUCAGCUCUACGAUAAACAGAGAGAGGAGUACAUGCCGGCCACUCAGGGUCUGGGGAUGUUUGUGGAAGUCAAAGAUCCUGAUGACAAGGUGAUCCUGUCUCGGCAGUACGGCUCAGAGGGGAGGUUCACCUUCACGUCUCACACGCCUGGAGAGCAUCAGAUCUGUCUGCACUCCAACUCCUCCAAGUUCGCCCUGUUCGCCGGAGGCAUGCUGAGGGUUCACCUGGAUAUCCAGGUGGGAGAACACGCCAACAACUACGCUGAGAUCGCUGCCAAAGACAAGCUGACGGAGCUGCAGCUGAGAGUCAGACAGCUGGUGGAGCAGGUGGACCAGAUCCAGAAGGAGCAGAACUACCAGAGGUACCGCGAGGAGCGUUUCCGUCAGACCAGCGAGAGCACCAACCAGCGGGUCCUCUGGUGGUCCAUCGUCCAGACCCUCAUCCUGGUCGCCAUCGGCAUCUGGCAGAUGAGACACCUCAAGAGCUUCUUCGAGGCCAAGAAGCUGGUGUAACUUUUCACCUGUGGGGGUGUGUGAGUGAGUGUGUAUGUAAGAGUGUAUGUUUGUGUGAGUGAGUGUGUGUGAGUGAGUGAGUGUGUGUGUGUGUGUGUGUGUUUGUCUCUACUGAUCGGCGGCGGUCGCUGCUGCCGUCGGAGGAAUAAACUGCUGAGGAGACGGGACGCAGAGAGAAGCAGCUGUGAGAUUCGGCUUGAAAAACGUCAUCUUUAGUUUGUUGUUGAUGUUCUCAUUGUUUUCCUCACCGGCCCCGUUUCUAACGAGCCCCUCACCUUUGCCGUAGACUAUCAGGGGGAAAUGUGACAACUCUAUUUAUUGCACAGAGAGCUUUUCAUUCUACUUUCUGUCAGCGUCCACCAGGCCGAUAGUCGUGUGUGUGUGCGUGCGUGUGUGUGUGUUAUUAUUUUCAAAUUGACUUCCCCUUUGUUCUGUCUCCUCAUGGUGAUGAGUUCAGGAUGUUACUGGCCACUAGAGAUGUCCUUCAGCGUGUUUGGAUGACAUGUAAUGACAGCUGACAGUUUGACAUAAAUGCAGAAAUGAUAAUCUGGUUUCAACUGUAAACAAAUUUUGUGAAUAAUUUUCCGCUUCAUGCAUCCGGCAGUAAUAUCUUAAUGUGGAGAUUCUGCAACAAAAGACAAAUAUUGACACUGGAGGACGUUACAGUGCUGUGGAUGUUUCAGAGAAGAGGUUUUCCUCUCCUCUUAGGUAUUCGGCCCCCAUUCAUGAUUUACUGCAUCUACUCGGCUAAUUUCUGAGGCGGCGAGAUAUUAAAGCCACAAACAACAUGUGGUCACCAUCACAUGAACUCGUAGUUUGAUUGAGCCGCCGCCUGCAGAAUAUAAACAUAUUUUAUAUUCAGAUUUUCUAAACUUUUCUUCACAUUACCUGCAUUUGGGCUUCAACACCAAUGAUGAUCUAAAUAACUGAAGACGUGGAUUCUGCUGCACUCAACAACAAAACAUGUUCAGUUUCCACCUGCAGAACUUAAAGAGACAGUAGUGAUGCUCAGAGGUGUGUUUGUCUGAGGUUCUUCUCCACAGUCAGUGUUUUACUACAGUAGAUGGAGUAAAGUAGUGUGCUGCUGUGGAUGUGUUUAGACACCUAAAAGAAUCAAUAUCUGUUCAAGUGAACGCUAUAUUUAGAGUAUUUUCACCUCUCUACCGUUCUGUCAGAGAACUGAAGCCCUUUUUAUACGCUCUCUUCAAAGACACCAGACUCCAUAUACAAAUACAGUAAUGUUACCUUUACAGAACACAGGAGUUUCUGGUCUCCUGCUGCCUCCAUUGGUUAGUUUUUGUGUUGUUGUGUGACUUUGGUGUUUGAAAGAAUUUAGUUCAGAUUCACCAAAGUCACACAACAACACAAACAAACUAACUGAUGGAGGCAGCAGUGGACCAACAGCUCCUGUGUUCUGAGAGGUUAAUAUCAAGUAUCUGUGAAUGUAGUCUGGUGUCUUUGAAGAGAACAUAUAUGACAGCUUCAGUUCCUGUAAGAAAGGUAAAGAGGUGAAAAUAUUCUAAAUAUAGUAUAUUUGAUUCUUUUAGUUGUCUAAACUACUACAGCAGUUGGUUGCUUUGCUCUGUGCUGGUACUCCUGUCUGUGUCUACUGCAGUAAUACACUGACUAUGUAGAAGUACCUCAGACAACCACACUUUUAAAACAUCACUACGGUCACUUUAAUGGUGGAAUCUGUUUCAAAAACAGAUGCAUUGUGUGUCUGCAGACAUAUCUCUCAGCACAUAUAGUUUAUCAAAUUUAUUGUAAAUGCGAUUUCUUGCGAUACAGAUAAAUACAGAUGUGUGAAAUAUAAUUUAGGCUGUUGGUUUCAUUAAUGAGGUGGAAGUUUUGAUUAAAGCAACAUCAAGGUGAAGGUUUCUGUGUUUGUGAAAACGUUGAUCUCAGCUUUCAGAGGAAGUUUGUUGAUUCAUCAGAUUCCUCUUUUUAUUUCAUUGAAAUUCCACAAAACGAGACUGUUUUCUGUUCGUUUCUUCACGUGAGAGGAUCUACAUUUUUACUGUUUGUCCAAACUGAAUGUACGUUUCUGUUCUUCUGGUUCUGGUUUGCUGGUGGAGGCACAGAGAGAAUAUUUAGUCUUCUAGUAUUGAAUCCUUUUAAAAUCUGCCAAUCAACGCGGUUCUUCAGAUGUGGUUGAAAAGCAAACGGUUACAUUCAGAGGUUUUAGUUUCUCUAGUUUUUGGAACUUUUUGUUUGAAAAGCAGCUUCAGAUCUUGAGGCGUCCAUUCACCUCUUUAAAUGGGAGAACUGGUUUGAUAAUUGUUUGGAUCUGUUUGCUCCAGCACUGAAUCUGGAUCUCUGUCUGAUUGAGAGUUAAACCGACUGUUUCUUUACCAGAAUCCAGUCGUUUAAAGGAAAAGCUGCAUCAGUCAGGACUGGACAAAUAAACACUGCAUCACCACCAUGAUGAUCUUAUACCUCCAGAUUUUUCUCUUUCCAGGUAUAAAAACAACAGAAUUGUGACCUGUCAAAGUUUAGUUUUGUUUUCCGAGUCGGACAGAUCUAAACCCCCAAAAUCAAAAAGACCUAAAUCACUGAAUAUUGAGCUUCUUUAUGGUUUUGUUCAGUGAAUAGAAGCUGUGGAAUAAAUGAAAAAUGUCCCUCAGCUUUUGAGAAAUAUCCUCAGUCCAUUGUUUUUCUCGUCACCUAUAAAUAUUUAGUUCCUUUUAAUUCCUUUCUUCUCUGGUGUUUGUUUGUUUUUUUGUUGCUGGUAGAUUUGAGAAAUGUUCGGUUAGAAUUUGAAUCGGUUGGUUUUGGGCUGGAAGAGGGGCUUGAUUUAAUUUUAUUCUCUGAGAGAUUCUGUCCAUGUGAAAUCUGUCUAAAGUUGCACUCGGAAUAAAGUUUGUCACAUUUGGUUUAAAGGACUGAUGGUUUCUUUUAUUCUUGUAAUAUUGACUUCAGGAGGUUUUUUAUAGGCUGGAUCUAUGUUGUAUUAUAAAGAAAAUAUAUAAUAAGCAAAGAAAUGUAAUAAAGUUAAAACUAAAAUAA